AAGACAAGGUUUCACCAUAUUGGCCAGGCUGGUCCCGAACUCCCGACCUCAUGAUCCGCCUGCCUUGGCUUCCCAAAGUUUUGGGAUUACAGGUGUGAGCCACCGUGCCCAGCCAAACCUUAAAUUUUUUAAAAAAUCACACUGGAGGCUGGGCACGGUGGCUCACGCCUGUAAUCCCAACACUUUGGGAGGCCGAGGUGAGCAGAUCACGUGAGGUCAGGAGUUCCAGAUCAGCCUAACCAACAUGGAGAAACCUCGUCUCUACUAAAAAUACAAAAUCAGCCAGGCAUGGUGGUGCAUGCCUGUAAUCCCAACUACUCUGGAGGCUGAGGCAGAAUUGCUUGAACCCAGGAGGUGGAGGCUGCAGUGAGCUGAGAUGGCACCAUUGCACGCCAGCCUGGGCAACAAGAGUGAAACUCCAUCUCGAAAAAAAAAAAGAAAAAAAGAAAUCACACUGGAUUUGUAGAAGAACAUCAGUUGUUUUCAGGCCACGUGACUUCAGGCACACCUACCACACUUGUCCUGCUUCCUCACUUAAGAAAGUGAGAAUAACAACAUCACACCAAUGUCACCCUCCUCGAAUGUUUACUAUGAAUUAAAUCAAGACAAGCAUUUGGAAUUAUUUUGUGAAUCUUAAGUGCUACACAGGAGUGUGGCAGAGGAAUUAGCUUCUAAAGUCAGCAAGGUUAAAAUUGAGUGCAAUAAAAAUUGCUUAGAAGUUCCUUAAAUUGCCCAUGAGCACAGUAUGACAAACUUGAGAGACAUAUGAGAACAAAGACUCUCUGAGAGACAGCUGGGACAAACAUUCAGUAACACUGCCAGCAAAAUUGCUGCACUAGAACAUUUUCAUUUCCUCUUUCUGCCAAGUGCAUAACUGAUUCUAAGAUGAAAGCAUGAUGCAACUUUGUUAUUCUACAAUUUUAAAUGGGCAAAUUAAGAAACCUCUCUGGGCCUCUUUGUCUAAUGGUGUAGCUCAGCUGGAUCAGGGUUUCCUCCACGGUUUGUCUGACAAAUAUUGCCAGCUUACUAUGCUUACUAUGUUCCAGGUUGCUGUGUUGGACUGGGGGAGGGUAGACGCCAAGGAGACAAUCUGAUCACAACAGGCUAGUGAGUGGUGAGGCAGUUUCAACCUUCAUUUGAGGAAUCCAGGAUUCUAUAAUCACCUUCCAGGGAAUGCAGUGAAUGUUCAGAAAAAUUACAGAAAGUUACAUAUUUGGUUACGAAUACCAGCUACAAUGUAUAUCUAAUAUGAAUUAAGUUCCUUUGUUUCCUUUUUUCUGUUUAUGUUGCUACUUUUUUUUUUUUUUUUUUGAGACAGUCUCACUUUGUUGCCCAGGCUGGAGGGCAGUGGAGGGAUCUUGGCUCACUGCAACUUCCGCCUCCCAGGUUCAAGCGAUUCUCCUGCCUUAGGCUCCCGAGGAACUGGGAUUACAGGCACCUGCCACCACGCCCAGCUAAUUUUUGUAUUUUCAGUAAGACGGGGUUUCACGAUGUUGGCCAGGCUGGUCUCGAACUGCUUACCUCAAGUGAUCUGCCCUCCUCGGCUUCCCAAAAUGCUGGGAUUACAGGCGUGAGCCGCCGCACCCCGCCUACGUUGCUACUUUUUAGUGUGGGUUCAUUUUUUAAACCUGGCUUUUUAAUUGAAAAAGUAAUACAAACAAAUGGAAAAAUUCAAACUGUACUAAAAAAGGUAGACAAUGAGAAGCAAAUCUUUCUUCUAUUUCAGACUCCUCCUUCCCCCAUUCCACACCAUAUCCCCUCAACCCUCCUUCUAUUCAGACGUUACCACUGGGUUAAUCCGUGGAAAGUUACAGUUAAGGUGAUACCUGGGGUCCAAAAGCUAAAUAUGGACCUACGCUAUCACCAGUCCCUUCCAGUUCUAAAACUAAGUCCAAGCCUUUUGCAGCACGAAAGAGAUAGCCUCCUCUCAUCUAAAGUUAUGGCUGGUAAGACUAAGACGAAUGGAAACGGUUUCAAAGACACAGAUUUAGAACUCCUGAAAGGCAGAAGACAGAACUCAAUACUUUCAUGGUGAGCGGUUUGUUUACUGAUAAAAUAAACGCUCCCUUAGGGACGUAAGCUCCAUACGGGCAGGAGCUUCAUCACCAGCUCUCACUACAGACCCCGGCAUUAAAAAAGCUCACACGGUAAGAGCCCUCACCGCCCACCAUAGCCACAGCGGCCGGCAGCCCAAAGUGGGAAACGGCGCAGGGCGUCACGUGACUCCAGUUACCCCCGGCAUCCGGCCCGCCCCCACCGAGACCCCGCCAAUCCGGAAGGGAGGUCCAGUUUGGCCAGUCCAGGGCGUGUCCCACGGGCCCAGUAGCCUUGCUGCUGCGUUAUCCCUAGACUUGCCCCACUUGCCUCGGAGUCUCAGGCGGUUGCCCAGGUCCUCCCGGUAAAACCCUGGAGAUUGCUAGGGAGAGGAGCAAGGGAGGGGCCGGCGCGCAGAAGUGCCAACGCAACCCGGCUGCCGGGCGAGGCUUAGGCGGAGCUUCUGGAAACAGCUAGGGAGACGGCAGGAGGCUCAAGAGCGCGCGCGCCGGCCCUCCCCAGCUCGACCCACGCGGCGCGGCGUGGUGACGCCUGCGCGGCCUGAGGAAGGGGCGGGGCCGGGGCGGGCCUCCGCGCUCCUCCCGCCCUCUCUCUGUCCCUACUCUCCCUCCCCUUCCCUCCCCCACACUCGCCCCGUCAGCUUGGGGGUGCUUUCGUCGCGCAGCCUCGCGUCGGCCCGGCCCGGCCAGGCCAGCGGGCAGAUGCCCCGAGCUGCCGCCGCCGCCGCCGCCGACUCAGCCGGUGGCGGUGUGGGAGGCGGGCGACCAGCCCGGGGCCGCUGAGUGUGACGGACGCAACUGGGGGCGCCGGGGGCCCGGGGCCCCGGCGUCGGUGGCUCCGUACGGACCAUGUAUUUUCUGACCGGCUGGCCCAAGAGGCUGCUGUGCCCUCUGGGGAGCCCGGCCGAGGCGCCUUUCCACGUUCAGUCUGACCCGCAGAGGGCUUUCUUCGCCGUGCUGGCCGCGGCCCGCCUCAGCAUCUGGUACAGCCGACCUAGUGUGUUAAUUGUAACCUACAAGGAGCCUGCAAAAUCAUCUACUCAGUUUGGAUCCUACAAGCAAGCUGAAUGGAGGCCAGAUAGUACCAUGAUAGCUGUAUCAACGGCAAAUGGAUACAUCUUGUUUUUUCAUAUUACAUCUACAAGAGGGGACAAGUACCUUUAUGAACCAGUGUAUCCCAAAGGAAGUCCACAAAUGAAGGGGACACCCCAUUUCAAGGAAGAACAUUGUGCUCCAGCAUUAAAUUUAGAGAUGAGGAAAAUACUGGAUUUACAAGCACCCAUCAUGAGUUUGCAGUCUGUGUUGGAAGAUCUCCUGGUUGCUACUGCUGAUGGACUUCUUCAUCUUAUCCACUGGGAAGGAAUGACAAAUGGAAGGAAAGCCAUUAAUCUUUGCACAGUACCCUUUUCAGCAGACCUGCAGUCAUCUAGAGUAGGUUCAUUCCUGGGCUUCACAGAUGUACAUAUCAGAGACAUGGAAUACUGUGCCACACUUGAUGGGUUUGCUGUUGUAUUUAAUGAUGGUAAAGUUGGAUUUAUUACACCAGUGUCAAGUAGAUUUACUGCAGAGCAGCUUCAUGGAGUUUGGCCACAAGAUGUUGUUGAUGGAACGUGUGUAGCAGUAAAUAACAAGUAUCGACUAAUGGCAUUUGGCUGUGUGAGUGGUUCUGUGCAGGUCUAUACAAUAGAUAACAGCACUGGAGCCAUGCUGCUAUCUCAUAAAUUAGAGCUAACAGCAAAACAGUAUCCUGACAUUUGGAAUAAAACAGGAGCUGUUAAAUUGAUGAGAUGGUCUCCUGACAAUAGUGUUGUAAUAGUGACCUGGGAAUAUGGAGGCCUUUCUUUAUGGAGUGUGUUUGGAGCACAGCUGAUUUGUACACUUGGAGGAGAUUUUGCUUAUAGGUCUGAUGGCACCAAAAAAGAUCCCCUUAAGAUCAACUCUAUGAGCUGGGGUGCAGAAGGCUAUCACCUAUGGGUUAUCAGCGGAUUUGGUUCUCAAAACACUGAAAUUGAGUCUGACCUCAGGAGUGUAGUUAAACAGCCCAGCAUCCUGUUAUUUCAGUUUAUUAAGAGUGUACUCACUGUAAACCCUUGUAUGAGUAACCAAGAGCAGGUGUUGCUUCAGGGCGAGGAUCGCUUGUACUUGAACUGUGGAGAGGCUUCACAAACCCAGAAUCCCAGGAGUUCUUCAACACACUCUGAGCAUAAGCCCAGUCGAGAAAAGAGCCCAUUUGCAGAUGGAGGUUUAGAGUCUCAGGGAUUAAGCACUUUACUUGGACAUCGGCAUUGGCAUGUUGUACAGAUUUCCAGCACCUAUCUAGAGAGCAAUUGGCCUAUACGGUUUUCAGCUAUUGAUAAGCUUGGACAGAAUAUUGCUGUGGUUGGCAAGUUUGGUUUUGCACAUUACUCUUUACUCACCAAAAAAUGGAAACUUUUUGGAAACAUUACCCAGGAGCAAAAUAUGAUCGUGACAGGUGGCUUAGCCUGGUGGAAUGAUUUUAUGGUCCUUGCAUGUUAUAACAUAAAUGACCGUCAAGAAGAGCUUAGAGUAUACCUGCGAACAUCAAAUCUGGACAAUGCCUUUGCUCAUGUCACCAAAGCACAAGCAGAAACAUUACUGCUUAGUGUCUUCCAGGACAUGGUAAUAGUAUUUAGAGCAGACUGUUCAAUAUGCCUUUACAGUAUUGAAAGAAAAUCUGAUGGUCCAAAUACUACUGCUGGUAUUCAAGUUCUUCAGGAGGUUUCCAUGUCACGCUACAUUCCUCACCCUUUCCUGGUGGUAUCUGUCACUCUGACAUCAGUGAGUACAGAGAAUGGAAUCACCUUGAAAAUGCCACAGCAGGCUCGGGGUGCAGAGAGCAUUAUGUUAAACCUGGCAGGACAGCUCAUCAUGAUGCAGAGGGACAGGUCAGGCCCACAGAUCCGGGAGAAGGACAGUAACCCUAAUAACCAAAGGAAACUUCUGCCAUUCUGUCCUCCUGUUGUACUAGCCCAGUCUGUUGAAAAUGUCUGGACAACGUGUCGAGCAAAUAAACAGAAACGUCACCUCCUGGAGGCCCUCUGGCUGAGCUGUGGUGGUGCAGGGAUGAAAGUUUGGCUCCCUCUCUUCCCUAGGGAUCACCGCAAGCCCCAUUCCUUCUUGUCCCAGCGGAUCAUGCUGCCUUUCCACAUCAACAUUUACCCGCUAGCUGUUCUUUUUGAAGAUGCUUUAGUCCUUGGUGCUGUCAAUGACACUUUGCUCUAUGAUUCUUUGUAUACUCGGAACAAUGCUAGAGAACAGCUGGAGGUGCUCUUCCCUUUCUGUGUUGUGGAGAGAACCUCUCAGAUCUACCUCCACCACAUUCUACGUCAACUUCUGGUCAGAAACCUUGGGGAGCAAGCCUUGCUCUUGGCCCAGUCCUGUGCCACAUUACCUUACUUCCCUCAUGUGCUGGAGCUCAUGCUCCACGAAGUACUGGAAGAAGAAGCUACCUCACGGGAGCCCAUUCCCGACCCACUGCUUCCCACUGUGGCAAAAUUUAUCACCGAGUUCCCCCUCUUCCUGCAGACAGUUGUCCAUUGUGCCAGGAAGACCGAAUAUGCUCUGUGGAAUUACCUUUUUGCAGCUGUUGGAAACCCUAAGGACUUGUUUGAGGAAUGUUUGAUGGCUCAGGAUUUGGACACAGCUGCCUCUUACCUUAUUAUCUUACAGAAUAUGGAAGUCCCUGCAGUAAGUAGGCAACAUGCUACCCUUCUAUUCAACACAGCACUAGAACAAGGCAAGUGGGACCUUUGUCGACACAUGAUUCGAUUUCUUAAAGCCAUUGGCUCUGGAGAAUCUGAGACACCUCCAUCCACACCCACAGCUCAGGAACCCAGUUCAAGUGGUGGAUUUGAGUUCUUCAGGAAUCGAAGCAUCAGUUUAUCCCAGUCAGCUGAAAAUGUUCCUCCCAGUAAAUUCAGUUUACAGAAAACACUAAGUAUGCCAUCUGGUCCCUCUGGAAAAAGAUGGAGCAAAGACAGUGACUGUGCUGAGAACAUGUAUAUUGACAUGAUGCUCUGGAGACAUGCUCGGCGCCUCUUAGAAGAUGUGAGGUUAAAGGACCUUGGCUGCUUUGCAGCCCAGCUGGGCUUUGAACUAAUUAGUUGGCUAUGCAAGGAACGUACCCGAGCCGCCCGGGUAGACAACUUUGUAAUAGCCCUGAAGAGACUCCACAAAGAUUUCCUGUGGCCACUUCCAAUCAUCCCAGCCUCUUCUAUCAGUUCUCCUUUCAAAAAUGGAAAAUACCGAACUGUGGGAGAGCAGCUGUUAAAGUCUCAAUCACCUGACCCAUUUUUAAACCUUGAGAUGGAUGCUGGCAUCUCCAACAUCCAGCAAAGUCAGAGCUGGCUCAGCAACAUUGGCCCCACCCAUCAUGAGAUAGACACAGCUUCAUCCCAUGGACCACAAAUGCAAGAUGCCUUCUUGUCACCUUUAUCUAAUAAAGGUGAUGAAUGCAGUAUUGGUUCAGCCACAGACUUGACUGAAAGUAGCUCCAUGGUGGAUGGAGACUGGACAAUGGUGGAUGAAAAUUUCUCUACACUCAGUUUAACUCAGUCAGAGCUGGAGCACAUUUCCAUGGAGUUGGCCAGUAAAGGGCCUCAUAAAUCCCAGGUCCAGCUUCGGUAUUUGCUACACAUUUUCAUGGAGGCAGGGUGCCUGGACUGGUGCAUCGUUAUAGGCCUGAUUCUUAGAGAAUCCUCAAUAAUCAAUCAGAUUUUGGUUAUUACACAGUCUUCAGAGGUAGAUGGAGAGAUGUUACAGAACAUAAAGACAGGGCUCCAUGCAGUGGACCGAUGGGCCUCUACAGACUGUCCUGGAUAUAAGCCAUUUUUAAACAUCAUUAAGCCACAACUGCAGAAGCUCAGUGAGAUAACAGAAGAGCAGGUCCAGCCAGAUGCCUUCCAACCAAUAACUGUGGGUAAGACUCUGGAACAGACUAGCCCCCGGGCAGAGGAAAGCAGGGGCUCCUCCAGCCAUGGAAGCAUCCCCCAGGGUGAAGUUGGAAGCAGCAGUAUGAUCACCCGGAAAGAGGAGGAUACAGCCCAAGCAGAGGAGGAAGAAACUUUUCAGGAUGGGACUUAUGACUGUUCUGUGUCCUAACAACAGUGAGGUUCCGUCACAAAGGGGCAGUAUUAAUUAGCAGCAGCGUGCAACUCAGAACGUUGUAACAUAGUUGGAUGAUUUAACAGGAGAACUCAGUUCAGAGACUCUUUGGUAAGUAUUAUUAGAUUUUAACGAAUUCUUUCUUGUCUAAGAAAUCUUUUUGACUCCAUAAAAAUGUGAUAUAAAGCAUCUUUCAUAAAAAAAUUUUAAGCUACAGUGAAAAGUAAAUAUUGUACAGAUGUACAUGAGAAUAUUUUGGUUUUACUCAAAGGUUGGUAGCUCUUAAACCACAGGAAUUGUUUUGCCCCAGGUGAGCUUACUUUUUCACUACUUACAUCUUCUCACAUUUCCCAGUUCUGCAUUAUGUCCAGACUGCUUUUUAAAAAAUAAAUGCUAAGGUGCUUGCUGUAGUCUAUCAGGUACUUGAGCUACCUGUUUGCUCCCUUGGAUAGAGCUGGACUCUUUAAUCAGUCCUCCUGAAUAGAUUGCUACCCUGGGGCACAAUAUGUGCCAGUGUGAUGGAAACAUUCUCCUUGGAUUUACUAGCCAGUUAAAUCCCAGUCCAGAAUUGAUGGGAGCUAUUUACCUGUGAGUUAAUGUGCUUGUUUUAGCAAGCUUGAUUCCCAUUAGAUCAGUGUGGGCAGAGGUCUGAGGGGGUUCUUCUCAAUUAUGCUUUUAGAUACCACUAAACUAUUUUGUAUUAAAGAACAGUAUCUUUUUGUGAAUACUCUUGUGUAAAUAUACUCAAAGGCACUGUUCAUAUUUUUAGGGCUUAUAUUAUAAUUUGUAAGGUUUUAAUGCUGGAUUCUGCAUGUCUACACAUACAAAGACAGGGCUUGCUCCUCUGCAAAACUGAGGAAGACAGGUUUAUUGGCUUGGUCAUGAAGUAACAGAAAUGGUCACACUGAUCAUGAAAUGCAGCAGGUUUUGUGCAAAUUAACGUGGUCUCUUAUUUAUUGCUUUUGUAAAUUGAAUAAAGAUGGACUUCUAUGUAAACAGACUGCUGAAUCCCGUAUUAUCACGGCUACUAAAAAUUAGUAUGUAAAGAAUGCAUUCUUCAUUGUAAACUUAAAAUAUUUUAUAUACUUCUAUAAAUGACUUAAAUUUGUUUUCAUACAUUAUGAAAACAACUGCUUACUCCUUAAUUGCUUUAGAUUAAACACCCAUCCACUGUAUGUAAUUCUAAUUACCUUAUAACAGUAUUAAGACAGCUUGUUUGUACUGUGCAAUUUGAACAAGGAAUGCAAUGUUAUUUUUUACAAAAAACAAACUUGUUUAUUUUUAUAAUAACGAUGUAUUUGAUGUGGGCCAAAUUCGUACCACUAUCUAAAAUAGCCUCUUUUCUCAUAGUGCAGUUAUAGUUUAGAAACAAAACUUGGUCCUCUCUCCUUGCUUUUUAAAGUAAAUGGCUAGAUUUAGUUGUCUUAGCCAGGUUUCCUUUGAAGAGAAACUCAAAACCAUUUUGAAACUGCUUAGUUCAGAAUACAUCAAAGUAUUUAAAAUUACUGAGUUGGGUAAUUCACUAUCAUUUACUUUUUACAUUACAAGUGCAAUAAUAUUUCACAAAAUGAAACUCCCGAAUGGGUGGAGUAUGUGAUUAUUGGUACCUGGUCCUUCUGGUGCUAUUUUUAUUUAAGUCUUUGUUUCAAACCACCUUUCCCUGAAUCUUAAGAUAAUGUUUUGCAUGUGACUACAUGCAGCCCAGCAAGAAAUUAAACUGAACUCUCUUCUCCUAUCCUAGUCCAUUAAGGAGAAGAACCAGCAUUGCUUUUGUGUGUGGUGUGAAUAUUCAGUCAAUAAAAAUGAUUUACCAUUAUAAAGAGCUGUAAUCUUUUCAAGUAUCUGAAAUAAAACACUGUGCUGCUGAGUUCAUCUCACAUUCUUGAGAGCAGGGCACCAGUAAGUUAACUGUAUUCCUGUGGGUUAGGCCGUGAAUGAAUCCUUUCUUUUAUACAUUAUUCUUUUACAACUAACAGAGAUAGGAGGCCCCAAGGCAAGAAGUUUGGCAGGUUUACAGAAAAUUUGGUAAUUUAUUUGUUAUAUAUUUUAAUUUUUAAAAACCCAUUGUUAUUAUGUUGUUUGGUUCACAUAUCAACUGUUUAAGCCAUAAUUUUAGCCAAUGAAUUUAAAUAUUCAGUAUAGCUAUUUGAGGUUUACUAGAUGCAUUUAUUAAUAAAUUAUUUGCUGAAACCAAAACAAGAAGUCAUUGGGGUGUGGGAAUAAAAUCAACCUUUGCUUGUAAUUGAAGUUGCUGCUAUUUCUGUAAUGUGCAUUUUUCUCCCCUUGGUAAAGGGCAAUAAAACCAUUACACAAA